CACCUCACUCGUAGUAGCAGUGGUAGUAGUGCCAGAACAUUGGGUUAGCGCACGUGGUAGCCAGCUCUGGACAUGGCUGAUCAGCACCGAGGCGUGAUGGGAGGCGGCGGCCUCGGCGAGCCCUACCGCGGGGGCGGUCACGGCCAGGCGCAGCAGAAGCAGGGCGCCAUGAUGACGGCUCUGAAGGCCGCGGCGGCCGCGACUGCCAGCGGGUCGAUGCUGGUGCUGUCCGGGCUCAUCCUCGCCGGCACCGUCAUCGCGCUCACGGUGGCCACCCCGGUGCUGGUCAUCUUCAGCCCGGUGCUCGUGCCGGCCGCCAUCGCGCUGGCGCUCAUGGCAGCCGGGUUCAUGACGUCCGGCGGCCUCGGUGUGGCUGCGCUGUCCGUAUUCUCGUGGAUGUACAAGUACCUGACCGGGAAGCACCCGCCGGGCGCCGACCAGCUAGACCACGCCAAGGCGCGGCUCGCGUCCAAGGCCCGCGACAUCAAGGAGGCGGCGCAGCACCGCAUCGACCAGGCGCAGAGUUCUUAAAACGCGCGGAUCAUGUCCUGCUCCGACAGCGACGGACGGCGGCGCACGACCACCGCCGGCUUGGCCUACGGCUGCUGCUACGUACACUGCUGUAGUGUCUCGGUCGCUGCGCUAGCUAGUCGUUGUGUUGUGCUUUGUAUGUGCAUGU